AUGCGACUGAGUAUAAAAUUUUUUGCCGCUCUUGGCGGUUUCCUUUUUGGUUAUGACACAAGUGUCAUCAACGGGGCCCUCUUCCAGAUGAAAGAUUACUUUGGCUUUUCAGAGCACUCCUGGAAGGCGGGUCUCAUUGUGAGUAUUGCCGUUAUCGGUGCCUUUGUGGGAGCAUUUAUUCCCGGAAUUGCGUCACUACGCUUUGGACGACGGACUUGUAUUGCCAUGGCUGACCUCUUGUUUGCCGCUGGAUCCCUCCUUAUGGCUGUCGCAGUGAAUGUGGAAAUGGUGCUUGUCGGGCGUGCCGUUGUGGGACUUGGUAUUGGUAUUUCGUCUGUUACAGUCCCCGUGUAUCUUUCUGAAAUUACUUCCGCCGAAUCGCGCGGAGCUACCGUUGUGUUUAACGGCGUUUCUCUUACAGGCGCACAAUUCAUUGCUUCUGUCGUGACUGCAUUGCUCGUACAGUUUACAUCCAUUAAAGUUGGGUGGCGUGUGGCCCUUGGUCUGGGUGCAUUGCCAGCAAUAGUUCAAUUGGUUGGUCUUGUUUUUUUUCUGCCGGAGAGCCCACGAUGGCUACUUGCAAAAGGUGAUCGGGAAAAUGCAUUUAAGCUGGCCGAAAGGUUUGAAGUGGAUAUAUGCAGAUCCGAUGAAUCUGAAUGUUCCGAGAACUUUGCAAUUAAUUACAGCGGAAUCUUUAAGAAGGCGAUUCGACGUCGUUUGCUCAUUGGAUGCAUGCUCCACGUUUUACAACAAGCUUCCGGCAUCAAUACAAUCAUGUACUACAGUGCAGUUAUAUUGUAUGAUGCCGGUUUUAAGGAUCCCAAAACUCCCGUUAUCUUGUCGAUUCCACUUGCGGGCAUAAAUGCUGUCUCCACCAUAAGCGGUCUUUUUACUGUGGAUCGAUGGGGAAGACGUAUAUUGUUGCAGAUAAGUGCGAAUGCCUGUCUUGUCAUAACGAUUGCAAUGACGGCCGUCGGUUUUUUCUUGGGUAAUCAAAUUCCGUACUCGAUUGGAGGAUGGGUUUUCCUUUCGUUACUAGGUGUCUACCUUAUCUUUUUUGCCCCAGGUCUUGAAGCCAUGCCGUGGGUCAUUAUGGGCGAAAUCUUUCCAAAUCACUUGCGCAGCACGGCGGCAUCUUUGGCAACCAUGUGCAACUGGGCCUCAAAUGCCCUUGUCUCUCAGGUAUUUCCAAUCUUGAUGGGCUCUAUUGGGGUGGGGGGUACAUUCAGCGUUAUCUGUGGGUGUAUUGCCUUCGCAGCUGUCUUUAUCCAGUUAUUUGUGGUGGAAACAAAAGGACUUACGCUAGAGGAGAUUGAUUUGUUAUUUAACAGGAAGAAUGAGGAGGAAAUCACAAGUGAAAACGGCACAAAUGAAGAAAACUUCAGUCGGAAAGAGAAUUAUUUAAAUCGGGGUAACCGGAACGCCACUGAAAACAACAGUGACCCCAGGCCCUUCGCAUAA